AUGAGCGGGUGCGCGGAGGCUGCCGCGGUGGCGGCGACCUUGCCGGGAGCCGGGGUCAGGGACGCGGGGGCACCCGGCUUGCGGCCGCCAAUGGUGCCCCGCCAAGCAUCCUUCUUCCCUCCGCCAGUGCCCAACCCGUUUGUUCAGGAUACGCGGAUUAGCGCAGGCGGCCGAGUCCUGAUUCUCCUUUUGGGAAGUAUUUUGCUUCCCAUCCGUGCCGUAUGUGUUGCAUUGAUUGUGAUAAUGGCUUGGCCAUUUGCUGCAGUUGCAACAGUAGGCUUACCAGAGAAAUUGACACAUCCAGUCAUAGGUUGGAGGAGGACAUUUACUCAGCCAGCCCUGAAGUUCCUAGGUCGAGCUAUGUUCUUUUUAAUGGGAUUCAUGGUUAGAGUGAAAGGAAAAAUAGCAAGUCCAGAAGAAGCACCGAUUUUUAUUGUAGCUCCUCACUCAACCUUCUUUGAUGGAAUUGCUUGUGUUGUUGCUGGAUUACCCUCUAUUGUGUCCAGAACUGAGAAUGCAAAUGUCCCACUGAUUGGCAGAGUAUUACGAGCUAUUCAGCCCGUGCUGGUGUCCCGUGUAGACCCUGAUUCUCGGAAGACCACGAUAAGUGAAAUAAGAAAGAGAGCCACUUCAAGAGGUGAAUGGCCACAGUUGCUAGUCUUCCCAGAAGGCACCUGCACUAAUCGUUCCUGUCUGAUCACUUUUAAGCCAGGAGCCUUCAUUCCAGGAGUUCCAGUACAGCCAAUACUUCUGAGAUAUCCAAAUAAGUUGGAUACUGUGACCUGGACAUGGCAGGGGUAUACGUUCAUUCAGCUUUGCAUGCUUACUUUCUGCCAGCUCUUCACAAAAGUAGAAGUUGAGUUUAUGCCUGUUCAUGUUCCUAAUGAUGAAGAAAAAAGUGAUCCUGUUCUUUUUGCCAGUCAUGUCCGCAGCAUCAUGGCAAAUGCUCUGGGAGUGCCUGUUACAGACCACACCUAUGAAGAUUGCAGACUGAUGAUUUCAGCUGGACAAUUGACAUUGCCAAUGGAAGCUGGUUUGGUGGAAUUUACUAAAAUUAGCCAGAAAUUGAAAUUAGACUGGGAAGGUAUUCGUAAACAUUUGGAUGAAUAUGCUGCUAUUGCAACAGCCACAAAAGGAGGAAGAAUUGGAAUUGAAGAGUUUGCAGAGUAUUUAAAACUGCCGGUUUCAGAUGUACUGAGACAGCUUUUUGCACUCUUUGACAGGAAUCAUGAUGGCAGCAUAGACUUCAGGGAAUAUGUGAUUGGUCUGGCUGUCCUGUGUAAUCCUGCCAAUACAGAAGAACUCAUCCAGGUGGCAUUUAAGCUCUUUGAUGUUGAUGAGGAUGGCUACAUAACAGAGGGAGAAUUUGCCACCAUUUUGCAGGCUUCUCUUGGAGUACCAGACCUUAAUGUUUCUGGCCUCUUCCGGGAAAUAGCGAAAGGGGAUUCAACACAUGUUUCCUACAUGGAAUUUAGGAGUUUUGCCCUGAAACAUCCAGAAUAUGCCAAGAUUUUUACUACAUACCUAGACCUCCAGACGUGCCAUGUAUUUUCAUUGCCCAAAGAAGUUGACAUCGCUCCAUCAGUUGUCCAUAACAAAGUCUGUCCAGAACCUAAUGAAGAUGGUACCUCAGACAAAAAAGAUGACUGAACCAAAAAUGGAAAUUGGUAGUUUUCAUUUUAUAUUAUAAAAGCAUUUAUUAAUGGUAAUUUAGAUGUGUCUGCUGAAUAGAGAUUACAGGUAAUAUUUUCCUUCUCUAAAGUUGUUUUAAUGGCUUUUGUUAAAAAAGUUUUCUAAAUAUCUAAAUUAUCUAUCUCUUACCAUUUUCUUAUGACAUGCUUUAUACCAUUCAAUAAUAUGGUUGGUUGAUUGGAAAUAAAAUUCUCAGAUUUAAAGAUUUUGCUUUUCAAAUCAAGAUGGCUCUGCUAAGUAAACAUAGUAGUCUGUGCAUUCUGAGUGAUAAACUGAAACAUUCUGUAUUAUGUGUGUUUUUCUAGAUCUCCUAAAAAAGUUAAUACUCUAUGUUCCCAAAUUGAUUUUUCUCUUGGAAAGAUACUCCUCCAAAGCAUGGAUUGAGUGUAAGAUGUGAAGCAGGUUUCUGAAGCUAUUUCUGUUAAUUCAUUGUUUUGUUAAAUUCUUCAUAUGUUUUUUUCCUGGAACAAAAAUAAUUCUUGGAUAAUAAGGUGUAUAAUUAGAAUAAAUAAUUCCAUUUAUUAGAUUAGACAUUUUAAGAAACUCAUAUUCUUCUUAGUGUGCCUCUGACUUAUAGGUCUUCAUAAUUAUCUGUCAAAAUCUAUAUUCCAAUGCAAAUUUAGAGUAUGUUGGUAUUACAGCAGUCUCUUUGGCCAAUAACCAAGUAUGAAUGCCUUAUUAAGGUAAUAUAGAUUGCUUAAUGAAAACAAUUAACUGUGUUACAGUUGAAUUUUAUUCCACAGAGUGUAUUAUUUGCCCAACAGACAAAUGAUAUUUUUACUCUGUAUGUAUACAUAUAUUAACAGUCUUUUAGAAAUGUCUCUGUUUAAUCCUCAAAAUGGAGCUUUCCAUUGUAAAUUUUCUAUUUUCUAAUGGAGAAAUAGACAAGUUGAAGUUUGUUAGGAAAGCCUACUUGGAAAAUACACAAUUCUUCAAAACAUAACCAAAAUCAUGUGGCUUUCAAAACCUGUUCAAUACUAAGACACAGUAGUUCAGUAGUUAGUAAUUUCAUUUAGUCUCAUAGUGUGCGCUGUUCAAAUUUUGAUAUUAAAAAAAUAUUUCUGCUCUAUAUAGUUUGAGACAAAGAACAAAAGAAUAGAUAGAAUACAGAAACAAGUUGCUUCUGGCUUUUUUUUAAAUUGAAUAUCUGAAAUGAACUACACAGUCUGUCUGGUUCUUUAAUUGUCUUUUUAAAGUAAAGUCCCCCUUCAGAGAAAACAGAAAUAUUCACAGUAGAUGUCAGAAUUUAUUUUUAGUAAGUAAUCAUGAUUUUAAACUAAUUGUACACAUUGAUCAAUAAAUGUCCUCAUUUCCCAGAUAAUUAAAUGUGCAUUUGGAUAAUUAAAUAUCAACUCUCAUCCUUAAGAAUACACAGUUGUUUGAUUUUUACCCCUCAAAGCUAUUUAGACAUUAAGCAAUAAGUGAACUGAAGUAAUCGUUUGAAUAAUUGGAAUAGCACAUCGCUGUUAUAUACUGUCUGCCACAAGUAGGUGAAAAAUACCAGAUACUCAAAUCCAGCAAUUGUUUGUUGUUUAUCACAGAAAAGCUAGAUAUUAGUCUUAUCAAUCAUGGAAGACCAAAGAUCCCUAAUAAAUAACAUCGCAAAUUAAAGGCUUUCUUUGGGGCUAAUGCAAUUGAUAACAUUGCUGUCUGUUUUAAGAUAAUAUUUAUGCUAUUUAAUUGUACUAAUAAUUUGUCUGUGUAAUUUUCCAGUGUUUCCUAUUUUAUUAUGUUACUGAGUAAACAAGUGUGCUGCAUAA